GAGCCCGCUUCUGUUCUUAGUUUGCUAUUCAUAAGACUUCUAUUUUCCGAUGCCAACAUCAACCUUCUUUAUUGUGUUCCCACCCAAGAGUUCUUUUUUUCUGAGUUAGGAGUAUUCAUUUCUUAAUAAAUAAACAAAUAAAUAAAUAUUUAUAUUUAUUUUUAAUGAAUGUUAGAAGAAAGCCAAGCUGCUCAUCCAUGGCCCCCACCUAAAGAGGUCCUGAAAUUGAUACCGAGAUUCGUGAAAAUGAGCUAACAAUGAACAGUUUGAGGAAUUUAAUGAAGAGAGAAACUGAUUUAGGAAAGUUCAUAGUCCACGCAAUGCCAUUUCGCCAGCACCCUUGCUAAAAUACGCCUCUCUUCUUCCAUGGCGCAGUGCUGGCCCCCGCCGCCGCCGCUUCUUCUUUCUCUGCUUCCGGCGCUGCUGCUACUUCAAUUGGGGCUUUCUUUGUCAAUGGCUGCUACUGAUUGCCCGUUGGACUUGAGCGGGUCUAAUUUCACACGAGUCGCGUCCCAGUGCUCCAAUCCGUCCGAGAGAGGGAGGUGUUGUCGCUACAUCAAUGCCAUGGUUGCUAUCUCCGUCUCCCAAUAUGCAAACGCCACGAGCGAAUUGGGGGUAGCUGCUGAUAUGUCAGAAAGAUGCAUUCGCACCAUAUCUAAAACAUUUGAGCUCUACGGGGUGACAAGCAACGCCACAGUUUUCUGUGGGUUUGGCCCAAAAAUACAUGUAACCUACAAGUGCCAAGGCCGUUCAACUGUCACACAGAUGCUUCAGUCACCGAAGUUUGAUGAUGUCGCUGAGAAUUGCAGGGCGCCUCUCGCGGAGGAUAAAGCUUGUCGGAGGUGCUUGAACUCGGGCGUUCUGUAUCUUAGGAAUCUAUUAGGGCCUAUAGAUAAUGUGACUUUGAGCACUUGUCGGGAUGCAACUUUUGCUGCUCUUGCUAGCCAAGUUGAUUAUUCGUCAAGGCUCGACAUUGCCAGCUGUUUCUUUGGUGUUCAAGGCCUCAUCAUUCCUGCAGGGUCUCCCCCUCCUGUACCUCCACCUGAGACAUCUCCCCUUUCGCCCGGUGCUGCUAGUCCGACUCAGCUUUCGCUGACCGGUUCUCUGAAGGGAAAUCAUCAUAUCAACCGGCUAGCGGUGGUUCUAGGCAUUGGUGUAGCAGUUAUAGUACUUGCUUCGAUCUUGCUUGCAGUAUUGGUUUUCCUGAUCCGCAGGAAACAUCGAGAGCUGGAGGAUAGUGAUGCAAACGACGAUGCACCCCCAAAAGCUCUUGCUCUUUCUGCGAAAAAAUUUCAGGAUGGUCCGCCAGGUACGUUCAGGAAAUACAGCUACAGAGAGACGAAGAAAGCAACGAACAAUUUCAACACUGUCAUCGGACAAGGGGGGUUUGGAAUUGUUUACAAAGCAGAGUUUCAGGGUGGUUUAGUCACAGCAGUGAAGCGGAUGAGCAAAGUGUCGGAGCAGGCAGAAGGAGACUUUUGCAGGGAGCUGGAGCUCCUUGCUCGACUGCACCAUCGCCAUCUUGUUGCUUUGAGAGGCUUCUGCAUAGAGAGGCGCGAGAGGUUUCUGAUGUAUGAAUUCAUGGCAAAUGGAAGCUUAAAGGAUCAUCUUCAUGCGGAGGGUAGAACUCCCCUAAGCUGGCGGGCUAGGAUUCAGAUUGCCAUCGACGUGGCGAAUGCACUCGAGUACCUCCAUUAUUACUGUGAUCCUCCUUUGUGCCAUAGAGAUGUGAAGUCGAGCAAUAUAUUAAUAGAUGAGAACUUUGUGGCUAAGCUUGCUGAUUUCGGCCUCGCACACGCUUCGAAAAACGGCUCGAUUUUCUUCGAACCCAUAAACACCGACAUACGAGGAACUCCGGGCUAUUUGGACCCUGAGUAUGUGAUAAGUCGGGAGCUAACAGAGAAGAGUGAUGUGUACAGUUACGGCAUCGUCUUGCUAGAGCUGAUCACCGGAAGGCGAGCUAUACAGGACAACAAGAACAUCAUUGAGUGGGCGCAGGUCAUUUUGGACUCUGAGGGGUCGAGGAUGGACGAGCUCGUGGAUCCGUAUUUAGGCGAUACUUACGACUUUGAUCAGCUCCGGACAGCCAUUGCGAUCGUGAGAUGGUGCACCCAGAGGGAGGGUAGGGCAAGGCCUUCGAUUAAGCAGGUUCUGAGGCUUUUGUACGAGAGUUCGGAGCCUAUGCACAGUGGGUUUGUUGAAGCUGUCGAGGACGACGAAGGUGAAGGCACGGAAAACAGGGGAAGGAAGAGCAGAGGGAAGAAUGUGUUUUCCAGUGGAGACAGGAAUCUUGCUUCUUCUUCGAGCACGUCGAGAUCAUACUGCAGCCGGAGCUUCCUGCUGGAGAUGGGCUCGCCGCAGUCGCCUAACAAUACACCGUCCAUCUAAGGACGAGUAUGCAUCAUACACGAAACCGGGAGGAAGCUCCGUCACACGAAAGAGUGAUGUUUAUUGGGAAGCUUCAUGUCUUGAAGAAGAUGGUUUGAGACUUGAAGGGACAACAUACAUCAGCAGGAAAAUGUAGUUUUGUUGGGAACAUAUUCUUUUUCACAAGUCUGAA